AUGAUGAUGAACCCAACGAAUAUUGAAUUUCUUUAUGUGAAUGGCGUUUUUAAUCUUCCGACAAUUCAACUACAAAACGCUCUGUUGCAGUCAUUUGUUGAAUGUGUACUCCCAAAUAUGCCGAUGAUCGAUUGGCCUGCCUUCAUCAAAGCAAUCUGCAAUCGGGAUACCGAUAACGGAUCUGUUAGCCUUCUGUUAUUUUACGCGAUGAUGACAGCUGCCAUUACCUUCGUGGAUAUUGGCCAUCUUCAAGAAGCAGGAUACUCGUACAGACAAGAGGCUCAGGAAGCCUUUUACCAAAAAGCCAAGCUUCUUUACCAAGCGGAAUAUGAGUCCAAUACCAUGACCAUUGUACAAUCACUUCUCUUGAUGACCUACCGACUCGAGACAGCCGAUGGCGAGGACAGUCACUACUGGUGCUCGAUAGCAGUCUCGACAGCUCAAAAUAUCGGACUUUUCCGUGAUAUUGCUGGCGUGAAGAAUAUUAGACUGAACUCAAAGUUCUGGAAGCGACUGGCUUGGACGUGUUACAUGACAGACAGUCAAAUCGCUCUGCGACUACGAUGCCGACCACUAAUCCAAGGCCCGGUAUUCUGCCAUCAAAUGUUAACAGAGGACGACUUCGAUAUUUACAAUCUUUCGCCUGAGAGUUUGAUUCAAUCACUCGGAUACCCGCUGUCCUACAAUAUCAACGUGCAAAGGGAUCUCGCCUUGAUGUGUAUCGCAAAUGCCCAACUGUGUGUGUCCAUCAACAAAGUCCUCGAGCUCCAAAGCGAAGGUCGCAACCACCAACAUUCUGCAUCAUCAUAUAACCAAGCAAACAACGAGACAACAGACCACCAUACCCGAGUCGCAGCGUGCGAAGCCAAGCUAGCAACAUGGGCAAGCACGUUUCCAUCAACAGCCCAGACCUACACCUUUGAAAUAGACACCAUGGAUGACCAACCUACAAUUUCCCUCCAACAAAAUCUCCUCCACAUGCAAUUCUUUACCACACUUGCAGUUUUCUACCAAUCACAACCACUCCCAUCAUCAAAAUUCUGCGUUCCAUAUGCCGCGCAACAAAUAAUCCGAAAUGCUUCAGAACUAUAUCAGAAGGGUCUCCAUCGCAGGCUCCCGAUCAUCGGAGUGACAGCCAUCCUUGUCGCAUUGAUCAUACAUAUCUCAGAAAUGAAGAAGGAACCGACUCAGGACAGGUUACAGGCUAUCCAGAGUUUCCAGUCUGGAUUGGAGGUUAUGGCCGAUUUGAGAGAUGUUUACCGAGAGGCUGAUGAGAUCACGAACUCGGCUGUGAAGAUUAUGGACAGUAUUCCGCUUGGUGGUGGUAUGCAGUAUGCUGGGGCGCCGGGACCGGGAAUGAAUAUCAUGAGCCUGCCACAGGUGAUGUAA